AUGUCUUCGACGCGCUCUUUUCUGACGGCGGCUCUGCUGUCUGUCGGCCGCUUGGCUGCGGCUCAGACCAUUGAAGUUGAUGGCCAACAGCUUGCUGCCAACGUCUCCACCGUUGCUCCCGCUGCCGAGGUCGCUGAUGCUUCCGUCGCCAGCACCUCUGCUGGCCUCUUCACCCAGGAGAAGGUUCAGUUGACCGAUGCUGUCCUUGCCAACCUCACGGCCCUCCAGCUGUCCAACAUCUCCCUGUUCGCUUUCGAGGAUGAGUCUUCGGUCGAGAAGAGAUCUGUUUUCGGCAAAUGCAAGACGUACCCCGGAGACUUCCUGUACCCCAUCAGCCUAGUCUGGAACGUCUUUGACCUCCUUUUGGGCGGUGCUCUUGUCAAGACCAUUCCCGAAGCCUCGGUCUGCUACGAUGACUUCGGCAACUAUGAUCAGGCCAAGUGUGAUUUCUUGACUGCCAACUGGGUCAAUGGCUCGCACAUCCACACUGAACACCCCACGGCCAUCAAUGCAGUCCUUUUUGAGGGUCUGAACUGUAUGCCUCCUACGAUCAACGUCGGCGAGACCACUUGCAAGGUUGGCGGCCUUCCCUCGUAUGUUGUUGAGGCUACCACCGUCGCUCACGUCCAGCUGGCCGUCAACUUCGCCCGCAAUCUCAACCUUCGCCUGGUCGUCAAGAACACUGGCCACGACUUCGGCGCCAAGUCCACUGGUGCUGGCUCGCUGUCCAUCUGGACCCACCAAUUCAAUAACAUCCAGUACUUCCAGAGCUACCAGCAGGGCUCGUACAAUGGUCCCGCUUUCAAGCUCGGUGCUGGUGUUCGGGCGUUUGAGGUGUACGAGGCCGCUGACAAGUACGGCGUCACUGCCGUCGGCGGCGAGGGUCAGACUGUCGGUGUUAUGGGCGGCUACGUCCAGGGCGGUGGUCACAGCCCCAUGUCUGGUUUGUGGGGCAUGUCUGCCGACAAUGUGCUUUCUUUCGAAGUCGUCACUGCUGAUGGCCGCUUCGUGACUGCUAGCGAGUCUAAGAACCCUGAUCUCUUCUGGGCCCUUCGCGGUGGCGGUGGGUCGACCUACGGCGUCGUCACCUCCGCUGUGGUCAAGGUGCACCCCAAGAUCAACAUCACCACCAUGACUUUUGCCUUCUCCAGUGGUGCGAACAUCACCAACGACCAGUUCUGGGCGGCCCUCCGUGCCUACUUCGACGGUUUCGUCGAGUACGCCGUCGGCAACGCCAACUACGGAUACUUCCGUAUCCAGAACCUGGGUACUUCUUAUGCUUUCGACAUGGGUCCUUGGUGGGCUCCCAACAUGACUGAGGCCCAGCUGCGUGAGCUCACGGCGCCUCUCUUCGCCAAAUGGGCCGAAAUUGGCCUUGACAUCGAGCCCGUCUACACCGAGUACGACAACUUCUAUGAUGCCUGGAGUGCCUCGUUCCCCUUGGAGCCCUGGGGAUCCAAUGCCAUUCGUCAGGCCAGUCGUCUCUUCCCCAAGGCCAACUGGGAGGACGAGACCAAGCUCAACGCGACCUUCGAGGCCAUCAAGUCCGUUGUCGAAGAUGGUGCAUACAUCGUUGCCUUCAACAUGAUGGCUGCGCCCAAGACCGGCUACCCUGACAACGCCGUCAACCCUGCCUGGCGCGAGGCCGUCAUGCACUGCAUCGCUGCCGCCAUGUGGGAUCCCACUGCCGAGGAGUCAGUCAUCAAAGCUGCUAGCGACAAGCUCACCUUCGACUGGCUCCAGCGCUGGCGUGAUGUUUCUCCCGGUGCCGGUGCGUACAUGUCCGAGUCGGAUUACAUUGAGCCCAACUUCACCCAGGCUUUCUGGGGCACAAAGUACGAGAAGGCCCUUACGCUGAAGAAGAAAUACGACCCCAACGAUGUCUUCUACGCCCAGAACGCUGUCGGGUCGGAAUACUGGCAGAUGUCGGAAAUGAUUCUGGGUAACCUGCCAUCCCAGAACAGCAAGCUGUGCCGCAAGCAGUAA